GAGACGGUGAAGGAGCGGAAGGUGGAGGAGAAGCUCAAGGACGUGAACCUGGACAAGUGGCUCCCCAUCACGUCGUCGCGCACCGCCAAGUGGUACUACUCGGCCUUCCACAAUGUCACGGCCAUGGUGGGCGCCGGCGUGCUCGGCCUCCCGUUCGCCAUGUCUCAGCUGGGCUGGGGCCCCGGCGUCGUGGUGAUCGUGUCGUCGUUUGGGAUCACGCUGUACACGCUGUGGCAGAUGGUCGAGAUGCACGAGAUGGUCCCCGGGAAGCGGUUCGACCGGUACCACGAGCUCGGGCAGCACGCGUUCGGCGACAAGCUGGGUCUCUGGAUCAUCGUGCCUCAGCAGCUCAUCGUCGACGUGAGCACCGACAUCGUCUACAUGGUCACGGGCGGCCAGUCGCUCAAGAAGUUCCAUGACCUCGUCUGCAACGGCCACUGCAAGGACAUCAGGCUCACCUACUUCAUCAUGAUCUUCGGCUCCGUCCACUUCCUCCUGGCCCAGAUGCCCAACUUCAACUCCAUCUCCGGCGUGUCCGCCGCCGCUGCCGUCAUGUCCAUCUGCUACUCCAUGGUUGCUUUCUUCGCGUCGGUGUUGAAGGGGCACCCGGUCGGGGCUGCCGCCGUCGACUACGGGCUCAGGGCCACGUCCACGGCAGGGCAGGUGUUCGGCGUGCUCAACGCUCUCGGCGCUGUCGCGUUCGCCUUCGCCGGCCACAACGUGGUGCUCGAGAUCCAGGCCACCAUCCCAUCUACCCCAGAGCAGCCAUCGAAGAAGCCCAUGUGGCGUGGCGUGGUCGUCGCCUACACCAUCGUCGCGCUCUGCUACUUCACCGUCGCCUUCGGCGGCUACUACGCCUUCGGCAGCUCCGUCAACCCCAACGUCCUCAUCACGCUCGACAAGCCGCGCUGGCUCAUCGCCGCCGCUAACCUCAUGGUCGUCAUCCACGUCAUCGGCAGCUACCAGGUCUACGCCAUGCCCGUCUACGACAUGAUGGAGACCGUGCUCGUCAAGAAGCUCAAGUUCGCCCCCGGCCUCCCUCUCCGCAUCACCGCCCGCUCCGCCUACGUCGCCCUCACCAUGUUCGUCGGCAUGACCUUCCCCUUCUUCGACGGCCUGCUCGGCUUCUUCGGAGGCUUCGCCUUCGCGCCCACCACCUACUUCAUCCCCUGCAUCAUCUGGCUCAUGCUUCGCAAGCCCGCACGAUACAGCGCCACCUGGUUCAUCAACUGGGUAUUCAUCGUCAUCGGAGUCAUGCUCACGCUGCUCACUCCUAUUGGUGGAUUGCGACAAAUCAUCCUUGAUGCCAAGACUUUCAAGUUCUACUCUUAA